AUGAUGGAAGAUCGAUUUGUAACACGACCAUUUUCAAAUAAAAUUGAUUCUCGCCUUCAAGCAGUCAUUACAUCACCAUACAUACAACCUCAACUUCAUUAUGCAAAACUGAUAAAUCGUCGUGGUCAGGUUGCUUCGAGUUAUGAUUAUUUGCGUAGUCUGCCUUCUCAGAAGCGUCGACGACAAGAAGCAGUAACACCGGAAACUAUUUUACGUGCUUUCAAAAAUGAUCAAAAUAAUCGACUCAAUCAUUAUCAUCAAGUUGAGAUUGCUUCACGUCGUGCUACUUAUAAUAGUUUUGAGAUUCUCGGUAGACGACAUAGAAAACAAGCACACGAAAAUGAAAAAUCUUGUGAAAAAAGUAUUCCCGUUUAUUCAUCGAAAGUAGAAAAUAAUGGUGAACGACAAUCCCGAGUAACUUCUGCACGUAGUAGAAAAUUAGAAGAUAACAAAGAUUUAACUGAACCUGAACAAAAACAAAAUCAUAUUGAGCGAUUCGAUAAAGUCGAUGUACGUUCUUCUUCAGAACCCCAUACAUGCGAAAUAACAAUGUCGUAUGGAACACGGAGUAUUGUUAAUUCUGCAAAACCUGCUCGUAAUGAAAUUAUUGUCUUGCAACAGCUUAGUACUGGCAAAAACUUAGUUAUUUAUAGAGGUUUUUUAACUGAAGGCGAAUCCUUCUCAUUUAAAUCUCAACGACGACCCACAUCAGCUUUCGCAUUGGCUUUCUAUUGCAAAGGAUUUAUUGAUAGUAUAGUAAAUGAUUGUUGUGAAUUUGGAUAUUGUAGAAGAAAUCAACAUAUUAAUGAAUACAGUCAAUUCUCAGUUGUGCGAGUUCAAAAUGCCAUUCCAUGUGAGAAAUGUCGUAAAAAAUAUGCUCAGAAAACACUAUCAUCGAAUAAUAGACAAAAUUCACAGUCCCAUCAUAAAGAAAAUCGACGUUAUUUAACACCAACACCAAACUCUUCAGUUGGUAAUCAUGAGAAACGAGACUUAGAUUCAAAACAAAAUCAUAGAAAUAAAAAAAUAGUAAAACAUAGAAGACAUUCAACGACAAUGAAUCCAAUGAGUGACAAUAUUAAAGAAAAGAAGAGUGAACUACCUGAAGGAUAUAAACAAAGAACUACAGACAAAUCAGAAGUAGUUGGCUUCAGUCUCUUAGAAUUAGCAUUGGUACAUGAAGAAGAACCAUCUACACAAAGGAUGCAAACAAAUUCCGUCUGCUCAUCGCUUGUUCCAGAAAACACAGCUAGACAUAGCACUGAUUUUCUUGAAGAGAAAAUAUCACCAACACCAUCACAACAGCAUCGAGUGAUUCAAGAAUGGGUGGAUCAAAUAGAAGCUGAUCCAUUGGAUAUUCCUAGAUCGACUUAUAGUCCUGGUAUCACAAAUACAGAGAAUACCUGUCAGAUGCAUUCACCUAGUUCAUCACAACAAUUACAAAUACACACACAUCCAAUUCAAUCAAUCAAUGUAAUGCGUCAUGAAAAAAACGUAGAAAGUUUUAUUUAUAUUCUUGAUGGUACUUUACAAAUCUCUGAUGAUGAUUUAACAAAACUACGUGGUGUUAUAAAUUUUGGAUUAACGUUUAAUAAUAUUAAUGACAAAACAUGUAUCGAAUAUGUUAGUCAAGUUAUCGAUGAACAAAUCAUUAUGAUUUUAUCCCGAACAAGUGUAAAAAAUCUCGAUAGAAAUUUACAGAAUUUUUCACAAAUUCGUUUUAUUUACGUUGUCGAUAAUGAUAAAGAUUUAUCAUAUGAUUCCAGGAAAAUUCAAGGUAUUCAUGCUAAUAUAUCCUGUGUAUGUAGUCAACUAGAAAAAGAUAUAUUGUUAUGCACAUCCGAUCUUACUAAGAUCGUGUCAUACUCUGAUGAUGACGAUAUUAAUAAUAGUACUUUUGCUUAUACACAAGUACUGAAAGAUAUACUCUUAGAAAUCGAUGAAACAACUGAUUUGAAAAAAGAUAUGUUAGAAUUUUGUCGUCAACAGUAUAUUGGUAAUGAAAUACAAUUGAGAUUUAUUGAUGAAUUUGAAUAUCAUUUUCUACCUGAUCAAGCUAUUGCAUGGUUUUCACGUCAAGAAACUUUUCUAUUCAAAAUGCUUACACGAGCAUUUCGAAUGUUAGAACCGGACAUUCUCUUUCAACUUCGUUUUUUUAUCCAACAUCUUCAUCAACAAUUGAAAUCAAAUCUUUCGACAACACCAAUGACUGUUUAUCGAACUCAAUAUAUAUCCACUGAUGAUAUUGAUUCAAUAUCAAAAAAGCAAAAUGGUUUGCUUACAUUUAAUGGAUUUCUCAUGACAUAUAAAACUGAAGUUGAGGCACAGCAGCCUAUUAAUACUGAUAUGAAAUUAGUUCGAUUUGAAAUAGAAUUGAAUAAAACGAUUCCUAUGAUGGAAAUCAAAACGAAUCCUGAGAAUAUACUCAUAACUUUUGGAACUGUAUUUCGCAUCUCAUCUAUCAAACGAAUGGAUAAAGAAGUAAUAAUUAUAAAAUUAACGUUGGAUAAUGAUAUAUUAAAUACAGUACAACAGAUAACAAAAAGUGUACAAGAGAACACUUAUGGCCCUUUUCCAUUAUUUCGUAUAACCAAACUAAUGAAACAAAUGAAAAAUAUACAAUAUACAGAAUAUUUCUGUAAUAUCUUAGUAAAUCAUCCAUUAAUCAUAAACGAUGAAGCAGCAAAUUCAACUGUUGCUGGAUUAUUUCAUAUGCUUUGUUGUUUCUAUUAUGAAAAAAAACAAUAUGAUCAUGCACUUGAACACUUACAGAUAUCUCUUAAAGCGUAUUUACGUGUUUUAUCAUCGGAUGACAUUAAAUUAACAACGACUUAUAAUAAUAUGGGAAGUAUCUAUCAUCGACAAGGAUUAUAUGAACAAGCAUUUCAUUUUCAUAAGAAAGCAUAUGAUAUACAAGUACACUAUUCAAACUUUGAUCCAUAUGCAAUUGCUGCAUACGCUUGUAAUAUUGCCUGUGUACUUGUAGAACAAGGCAAAUAUGAAGAUGCAAUUCCAUAUCUUCAACGUGAUUUACAGAUUCGAAAACGACUCUGUCCAAACAGAGACGAUAUACAAUUAUCUACUAAAUAUCAUAAUCUUGCUGGAGCUCAAUUUCGACUACAAAAAUAUAAUAAAGCAUUACAAAAUUAUCAGAAAUGUCUUGCAAUCGAACUUAAAUUACAUUCAUCAAAUCAUCCAACUAUCGCUUUAACUUAUUGUAAUAUGGCAACUGUAUUAGAAGGUUUAAAACGAUUGGAAGAAGCUAUCGAAACAAUUGAAAAGGCAAUAAAACAUUUGCUUUUAACAAGAAAUGAAAAUGAUGAAGAAAUACAAUUGUAUAAAGAAUACAAAAAAUCUUUGCAACAAAAACUUGUUUGA